GUGCACCCCCUGCCUCUCCGCAGAAGAUGGACAUGAUGGAUGGCUGCCAGUUCUCGCCUUCUGAGUACUUCUACGAUGGCUCCUGCAUCCCGUCCCCAGAGGGCGAGUUCGGGGACGAGUUUGAGCCGCGAGUGGCUGCUUUCGGGGCGCACAAAGCAGACCUGCAGGGCUCAGACGAGGACGAGCACGUGCGAGCACCUACGGGCCACCACCAGGCCGGCCACUGCCUCAUGUGGGCCUGCAAAGCAUGCAAGAGGAAGUCCACCACCAUGGAUCGGAGGAAGGCGGCCACCAUGCGUGAGCGGAGACGCCUGAAGAAGGUCAACCAGGCUUUCGAGACGCUCAAGCGGUGCACCACGACCAACCCCAACCAGAGGCUGCCCAAGGUGGAGAUCCUCAGGAAUGCCAUCCGCUACAUUGAGAGCCUGCAGGAGCUUCUGAGGGAACAGGUGGAAAACUACUACAGCCUGCCGGGGCAGAGCUGCUCUGAGCCCACCAGCCCCACCUCCAGCUGCUCUGACGGCAUGCCCGAAUGUAACAGCCCUGUCUGGUCCAGAAAAAGCAGCAGUUUUGACAGCGUCUACUGUCCUGAUGUACCAAAUGUAUAUGCCACGGAUAAAAGCUCCUUAUCCAGCUUGGACUGCUUAUCCAGCAUAGUGGAUCGGAUCACCAACUCAGAGCAACCUGGAUUGCCUCUCCAGGACCCAGCAUCUCUCUCCCCAGUUGCCAGCACCGAUUCUCAGCCUGCAACUCAAGGGGCCUCUAAUUCCAGGCUCAUCUAUCAUGUGCUAUGAACUAAAAAUCUAGUCUAGAUCAGUUCUGCCAGGAGGGCCUAUCACACAGGAGGAAAGAGGCCCAAAAAGUCCAAAAGCAAGACAACCUGUAAAUAAACAUUUCCUUUCAGUUGUAAAUUUGUAAAUAUUAUCUUGCCACUUUAUAAGAAAGUGCAUUUAACUAAAAAGUCACUAUUGCAAUUAAUACUUUCUUUUCUUCUUUUCCUUCGUCUUGCUUUAGAUAUAUAGUUCCAGAGAUACUAUUUCUUACAGGGGGCAGUUCAUCAAAGGUAGCUUGUUGCAAUGCUUAACUUAUAUUUUUUAUAAAUAUUGCUUAUCAAAAUAUUACAUCUGAUGUUUAGAGCUUUAUUUUUUUUCUUUAAAACUUUAGAAUAGCUGUAAAUCAGUUAUAGGGAGUUUUAUAUAUAUUUAACUUUUUUGCUUGUCUCUUUAAUCCUUUGAUUAUAUUAUGUAAAAUAAAAAUAUAACAAUACUGCCUAAUGGUAUAUAUUUUGAUUUUAUAAGAAAUGCAUCUUUUUAAUGUAAGCACAAAAUAGUAUUUUGUGGAUGAUUUCAAGAUAUAAGAGAUUUUGGAAAUUCCACCACAAAUAAAAUUGUUUAAAUGAAGAAACAUUUUGGUUUAUGAUUUUGGUGAAAGAACCCCCUAAUGGGGUUGGCAGUCAUUGAUAUGAUAUUUUUAAGGUGGGGCUGAAAAUGCUGAAACAGUUGGUUUUGUAGAUAAAUCUGAAUAUUUAUCAUCCCAUGGACUCACCUUAGGUCCUGUUGGUGUCACAGAUGAAAAUACCACAUUUCUAUUUUAAGCAUACUUCAAGGGAGCCUACUAACUAAAAUUUUUCUUUUGUCUUAAUGUUGCACCAUAUAAUGUCAAGCUGUGUGUGUAUGUGGGGGAAAGAUAGAAGUUAUUCAGGACAAUAAAAUAUUUUUAAACAAAAAGAAUGUACAACAUUACAUCAUUUUAAUAUCUACAGUACAUUAGAAAUCAUGAGUUAGGUCAUAUUUAUCUACUUGCCUGAAAACAUCUUGAAACAUUAGUAUAUUAAUAUUGUCAAUAAAAUAUUUAAAGGUAUUGAGCGUUUUUUUGUAUUAUUAAAGUGCUGGCAUAAGAAAAUUUACAGAAACCAUAGUAAAGUGAAGCAGACUGCAACUGCCCUCCUCCUUUUCACAG